GCCCGCUCGCCCGCCCGCCCGUGGGAGGCGCCCGGAGAGGCUGCCUUGGCUCCAGGGCCCGCGUCUCCAGAACGGUUCCCGACAUGGUGCUGCCGGGGUUGCUGCUGAGGGCGGUGAUCAUGGGGCCCCCGGGCUCUGGAAAGGGCACCAUCUCCGCCCGCAUCGUCAAGCACUUCGCCCUGAAACACCUCUCGAGCGGGGAUCUCCUGCUUUCAUAUGUUUUUGUUUCCACAGAAAUUGGGAUACUAGCUAAGUCAUAUAUCGAUCAAGGGCGACUGAUCCCUGAUGACAUUAUGACCCAACUGAUGCUAAGUGCGCUGAGAACUCUAGACCAGAACCACUUGUUGCUGGAUGGCUUUCCCAGAACUGUUCCACAGGCAGAGGCUCUGGAUAAAGUGUGCCCAAUAGACACUGUGAUUGACUUAGAUGUGCCUUUUGAAACUAUCAGACAACGGCUAACUGCACGCUGGAUCCAUCCUGCCAGUGGCAGGGUCUACAACCUUGAGUUCAAUCCCCCCAAAGUCCCUGGCCUUGAUGAUGACACAGGAGAGCCUCUGGUUCAACGUGAUGAUGACAAGCCUGAAACUGUUAUGAAGAGGCUGAAAUCGUAUGAAGCGGAAACCAAACCUGUCCUUGAAUAUUACCGCCAUAAAGCGGUGCUUCAUACUUUCUCUGGAACAGAGACCAACAAAAUCUGGCCACACGUUCAUAAUUUCCUUCAAACCAAGCUGCCUGAAAUCAGUCAGAAUGGAGCCACUACGCACAACUGAAGCAAGAGCCGUUACUCUCCUGAGAAGUAAAAGCUAAUGGCAUAUAGCCAAGCUUCCAGAAAUAGAUGUUCUUGUCUGUACUAGAAUAAUGGUGAUCUGGGAAUGGGGAAUUAGAAAAUAAUGUGCCAUACUGAUGAAUAGCCAAGAGAAACCUCUGCAAUGAUCACAUUUCAAUUCUGUGCCAUCACCUAGUUUUCCUGUCCUCUUGUAGUUUAAUGGUGAAGUGCUAUUUUUAUAUUAGAUGUACUGGAUUUUGUAAAAUUAAUUUAAUAUUAAGCUGAUUUUCAAUAAAGUAUAACACAGAUCUA